CAACAUAAUUGAAUUGAAAGUAAAAAUUACCGAAUUAUAAAUUUAUUAUCUGUAACUGCAUUGCUGCAAGAACAUGUAUCGAAUUAAAUUUUUAAUUAUUCUAAUAUUUCGUGUUUGGUUCAUUGAUGGUCAAGCGAGAAUUGUUCCCGAAGAUGCUGCACCAUACCAAGUAUCUGUACAAACGAUUAUUUCAGGAGAGUUUACACAUAUCUGUGGAGGAGCCAUUAUUAGUGCUGAAUUUGUUCUCACUGCUGCUGAAUGUACACAGGGAAAAGAAGCCGAAGAUCUCCGUAUUUUAGUUGGAACAAAUAACCUAUCGUCCGGAGGAACAACGUAUGAUAUUGAUUUAAUUAUCGAACACUAUGCGUAUAACCCUGCUACGUUAAAUCAUGAUCUUAGCCUACUAAGAGUUUCGGAGGACAUACAAUUCAAUGAGAGUGUUAAUCAGAUAUUGCUAGCAGAAGAGGGACAGGAAGGAAUCCGAUGUAUAUUAUCUGGGUGGGGAAACACAGAUGGAAAUAAUGGAAUAAGUUCUGAUACAUUGCAAUUUAUUAUUGUGGACAUUUUGACCUUGCGUCAAUGCCAGCAAGAAUUGAGGGAUGUUGCAGAAGUGACAGAGGAAGAAAUAUGUGCAGAAGCUACAACAGAUGAGAGCCUAGGCAGUUGUGUUGGUGACAUCGGUGCACCAUUGCUACGAUUCUUGGAUGGGAAAUUGGUUGGAAUAAAGUCUGGUACUAUCGGUUGUAAUCAGACCAAUCCAUACUUAUUUGCAUCCAUUGCUGCGGAGAUUAACUACUCCUGGAUUGACAUAGAAACAUUUGCUAAUAGGAGGAAUAUCACAGACUACGAAUAAAUGUUCAGUAUGAUGUGUCAAGUUGAAGUGUAAUAUUUCGAGCUAUUUUAUUUCUGCAAAGAAAUUUCAAAACUCCAUUGAAUGGAAUUUAUAAAUACAAUAGAUGACAGCAUCUGCUACAAUUACACUUCCAAUAGAUUGAGCACGUUUCCAGAACAACGAAACAGUUAUAAAUUAAAUUUCAAUAAUAUGUCUGAA